AACGAAGGGGAAGAGAGAGCGCAUUUUAUUUUACUUCUCUUAUUCGUUAUUUUCUUCCUUUUUCUCUUCUUCGUCUGUGUCCCCAUCGUCACCGCCCCAUCUGCCUGAAAACCCUCAUCUUCUGAUCGGGAAUCGGCUCCGAAUCCUGCUCUCCCCCACCGCCGAUCCCUGUGCGGCUUCGUUGAUGCCGCUUGAACCCGAUCCCGAUCUCACCGGAAUUCUUUUGCCGAGAUGAACGGGAACGGUGGUGAGGAAGGUGGGCCGGCGGUGGCGUCGUCGUCCAAUCCGCCGACUCUGGAUUGGAAGUUCUCUCAGGUCUUUGGGGAGCGCAUGGCAGGGGAGGAUGUCCAGGAAGUGGAUAUCAUCUCAGCAAUAGAAUUUGAUAAAUCUGGAGAUCAUCUUGCAACUGGAGAUAGAGGAGGACGCGUUGUUUUGUUUGAGAGAACAGAUGCUAGAAAUCAUGGCUCUAGGAAGGAUCUGGAGGCACAAGAUUAUCAGAUUAGCAGGCAUGCUGAGUUUCGCUACAAAACUGAGUUUCAAAGCCAUGAACCAGAGUUUGACUAUCUCAAAAGCUUGGAAAUAGAGGAGAAGAUCAAUAAAAUCAGAUGGUGUCAAACAGCUAAUGGUGCUCUAUCACUUCUCUCAACUAAUGAUAAAACAAUUAAAUACUGGAAGGUACAAGAAAAGAAGGUCAAACAAAUUGCUGAGAUGAACUUAGAUGCUUCACAGGUUGUGGGAAAUGGCUGCAGUGGACGCUCAACUACUAACAGUCCUAGUCCAUCUCUUCCUAAUGGAUGCUCUGGAAGCACUUUCAACUUUUUGAGCAAUGACUUAUCCUUCCCUCCAGGCGGAUAUCCGUCACUACGCUUGCCAGUGGUAGUUGUAAGUAGCCACGAGAAGAGCCUUGUGGCAAGAUGUCGAAGAAUAUACGCUCAUGCUCAUGAUUACCACAUAAACUCUAUUUCAAAUAACAGUGACGGUGAGACAUUUAUAUCAGCAGAUGAUCUUCGAAUAAAUUUAUGGAAUUUGGAGAUUAGCAGUCAGAGUUUUAAUAUUGCCGAUGUCAAACCCGCAAAUAUGGAAGAUUUGGCAGAGGUUAUAACUUGUGCUGAAUUCCACCCAGUCCAUUGUAAUAUGUUAGCAUAUAGUAGUUCAAAGGGCUCUAUCCGGCUUAUAGACUUGCGUCAAUCAGCAUUAUGUGAUAACCAUUCUAUGCUGUUUGAGAAUCGUGAGGCACCUGGUUCAAGGUCUUUUUUCACUGAGAUCAUUGCCUCUAUUACAGAUGUCAAAUUUGCAAAGGAUGGAAGACACAUCCUAAGUCGUGAUUAUAUGACACUCAAGCUUUGGGAUAUAAACAUGGAUUCAACUCCAGUUGCAACCUUUCAAGUUCAUGAGUAUUUGAGGCCUAGGUUAUGUGAUUUAUACGAGAAUGAUUCAAUUUUUGAUAAAUUUGAGUGUGGUCUUAGUGGAGAUGGGUUCCGGGUAGCAACUGGUUCUUACAGUAACCUUUUCCGUGUAUUUGGCUGUGUUCCUGGAAGUAACGAAGCAACAACUUUAGAAGCCAGUAAAAAUCCAACGAGGAAACAAGUGCAAAACCCAACAAGAGCUUCCAGAUCUCUUAGCAGCUUGACACGCGUCGUCCGACGAGGCGCAGAAAGCCCCAACAUCGAUGCCAACGGGAACUCAUUCGAUUCCGCAAUCAAAUUACUUCACUUAGCAUGGCACCCAACUGAAAACUUAAUAGCCUGCGCUGCUGCAAACAGCUUGUACAUGUACUACGCAUAAAAAAAGUUUUAACAUCAGUCAAGGAGGAAACUUAAAAGGUAAGCAGCGCCUUCUUUUGCAUUGUACCUGUGAAGGCUAAAGGCACUUUCAGAUGCCGCCAACAAGGGUCACAAUGGAUUAAUUUCGAAUGAUCUCGACAUCAGAGCCUGAAGAGACUUUGGAAGUCUACAAAGGCAAUUACAUUUGUUGUUCUUAAUAUUUGUGGGGCUCAGAAUGUGGGGGAUCUUUAUUCAUAUUCUUUUGUUUUGGGAAGAGAUUGCAUAUCUAUUUUGUUCGUGUUUCAGCAUCAGGAUCCCACUUAAUUAUAACUCUCUUACAACUAA